UGUCACAAAUAUAAACCAAGAAAUUGCACAUCAUUGUGACAAGUCUUAUAGCUACAAUGUUGUGUGAAGGAGGAAUUUGUAUUUUACCGAGAACUAAAUGGGAUUCGAUAACGAAUAGGUUAACCGAAGGAGAACGAAAGCAGGAGAAAUUGGAAAGGGAAAAAGCGUAUUUGAAGUAUCUGAAAGAAAUGAGUACUCAAUUAGUUGCAGGAACUCAUACAAAAAGGGAAGCGGCAGCAAAACGUCUAGAAGAAAAACAAAAAGAUGGCGAAAGAAGAGAAAAAAUUAUACUCGAAGAUUAUUUACGAAUGAGAGAAAAUCAAAAAAAGGAAAGAGAAGAAAUGUUGAAGAAAUAUGUGAGAGAAGCAGUUGUUCAUAGGAGCCCCACAUUAGAAUUAACCAGAGCCUUAAGAGAAGCACAAGUUUUGGAAGAGAGACGGAAAGAACUCGAACUUAAACAGAAGAUAAGAGAAAACGAGGAGAAAAUGGAACAAAGAGAGAUAAAUCAGCUGAAGCGUCAAUGGGAAGCGUCUGACAAAUUUCAUUAUGAAAAAGAGGAAAACAGAAGGUGUAAAUUGGAUCAAUUGAAGACUGAAGUUUGGAAACAAUACCAGGAUAUUCGUGAAAGGAAACAAAAAGAACAUAUAGAAUUGGUUGAUGAAGAACGAAUGAACCUUUUCAGAAUGGCUGAGGAAUUGGAGAAGAAGGAAAGAGUUAAAAAAGAACAGGUAAUUAUUCUCAACUGUUAUUUAACUCUGAAAUGGGACCUUGGAUUAAACGAUGAUUUUAAUGGCUAUUAUAUUGCUAUUUUCGAAAUUUUUUAAGCAACUAUC